AUGACGGACGCUAUUACCACCGCGACCGCUACCGGUCCCAACAGCAAGGACACCAAGAACGACAAGGUUGAUGCCGAGCAAGUUCAGCCGCGCAACCCUUGGCCCGAGAUGAACGACCAGACCAUGCUCGGCGAAACCAGCGAUGAACUGAACAACGACCGCCUCAAGAAGAUUGCCGCCGAGGGUAGCGCUCACUUCCAUCGUCUGGGCUGGAAGCGCCUCGCCAUCGUCACCAUCGUUGAGGCCGUUGCCCUCGGUGCCCUUAGUCUGCCUUCGGCCUAUCAUACUCUCGGAAUGUUUCCGGGUGUUUUUCUCACCAUCACCCUUGGCAUGAUCUCGAUUUUCACUAGUUAUCUCGUCGGCCAGGUCAAGCUGGCUCACCCGUACAUCGCCAACUACGCGGAUGCUGGAAGACUUCUUUUCGGCCGCUUCGGACGUAUUGGAUACGAGCUUUUUGGUGCUGCUCUUGUUCUUGAGCUUGUCAUGGUUGUUGGUUCUCACGCUUUGACUGGAAGCAUCGCGCUGGUUGACAUCAAUGGUGGCCAUGUCUGCUCCAUCGUCUUCUCCGCAGUUUCAGCUAUCAUCCUUCUCAUUCUCGCCAUUCCCCCGUCGUUCACUGAGGUCGCUAUUCUGGGAUAUAUUGACUUCGUGUCCAUCCUGGCGGCUAUUGGUAUUACCGUUAUCGCUACUGGUAUUCAGGCCAGCAACUCCGCAGGCGGCCUUUCCGGUGUCGAGUGGUCCGCCUGGCCUAAGGAGGGGAUUUCCUUCUCAGAGGCCUUCGUCGCAGUGAGCAACAUCAUCUUUGCUUUCAGUUUCGCGAUCGGCCAAUUUUCCUUUAUGGACGAGAUGCAUACGCCGACCGACUAUAUGAAGUCCAUCUGGGCGUCUGGAUUCAUUCAGAUCGGUAUCUAUACCUUGACUGGCGCUCUAUGCUACGCUUUUAUCGGACCUUCCGUGCAAUCUCCAGCGCUACUCUCUGCUGGACCCCUUAUUUCCAAAAUUGCUUUUGGUGUCGCUAUCCCGGUCAUCUUCAUCUCCGGGUCGAUUAACUCGACUGUUGCCCUCCGAUAUCUUCACGGCCGUAUGUACAAGAACUCUCACUUGCGCUACAUCAACACCCCCAUGGGCUGGGCUAGCUGGAUUAUCCUUGUGGUCAUCUUCACUAUCAUCGCUUGGGUGAUUGCCGAGGCUAUUCCCAUCUUUUCCGACCUGCUCUCUCUGGCUUCUGCUCUCUUCGUCUCCGGGUUCUCAUUCUACAUCCCGGCUAUCAUGUGGUUCGCACUGCUCUGCAAGGGCAAGUGGUACUCCCGUGAGAAUAUUCUCAUCAGCGCUGGAAGCAUCCUCGCUUUCAUUAUCGGUGCUGUCACCCUGGUCGCUGGUACCUACUCGACCAUCGUGGAUAUUAUUGAUGAGACGACGACUGGCUCUGCUCACAAGCCUUUUGCUUGCAGAUCUUCUUAG